AUGGAUACUCCAAUCAUCCCGCCGAAUGACCCGAAAAGUCCGCGAUGGCUUCUAGACCUACAGGAAUGGAAGAUUUUUCCCUUCACCGAAAUUCCACAAGAGCAGCUAGACAUCGAAGGCUAUGGGAUUGUGUCUUAUACCUGGGGUUAUAUCCAAAAGGAUGAGCCUGCCUCAGACCCUCCUCGAGGCCUUUUUUGGGAUGUUCCUGGCGUCAAAACAUGGUCCCUAUCAACGGCAAAGCGGGUAAUGGAGACAAUAGGUUGUCGAUACAUUUGGUGGGACUGGAUGUGUGUUCCUCAAAAAGGCCGUGGCCUGAGAACACUAAGUGCUAAACUUCUCCAAGUUCAAGCUGAAGAAAUUGGGAAGCAGAUGUUGGUCUACCUACUCACAAAGAAGUUAUUUUAUGCUAAUCGACUUUUUGGAUCCAGGCAUAUAUAUGGCAAAGCCAGAAAAAGCAUAGUUUGGCUACAUUCGACAUCAUGGACAGAAGAGUCGCCCCUCAAGGUUCUGGUUAAUUUGAAAUCACCAGAUGGCAAAGACAGCGAUCCAGCAGAGAUGGAAAACCAUGUUGAGCAAGUAAAACUUCAUCUGGACGCCGCUCAUAAAGAGGAAUAUUGGUUAUGCUCAGGAUGGACAUUACAAGAAGGCGUUUUACUGAAUGAGACCGACCUUAUUGAUGGCAGUGGCAGCACGCUUCCUGGUGCUAAUUUCUGGAUGAGCGACCAAGCUACUGUCUCAGAUCUCACUGUUCCCAUCACGAAGCUAGCCCAUGAUUUGGCCUUCGGAUACUUUAUCAGAACACAAGGUUACGAGCCUGAUAUAGGUAUACCAAGUUCUCCCACCGCUUACAUGCUGUCUGAAAUGCCCGCAACUUGGUUACGUCAAUCAUUGCAAUUCUUCAUGUCAUCGGGAUUUGUUGGCUUCUGGAGGCAAAACCCUCUUUAUAUACUUUCAGGCAAGCGAGGCAGAUAUUUCCGCUAUGAAAAGGAUUCCUGCUGGGCUUUAGUGGGUGCAUUGGGAAUUGACGACAUAGAUAUCACCUACGAUGAUAAAGUUCCCAUGGAAGAAGUCAAAAGGAGACUACUGGUGGCACUGAUUGACAAAUACUCAUGGAAGAUGCUGUCGUUGCCCUAUCCGGAGUUCCGCUUACAAGACAAAGAUGGGCCAAAUACCAUUGAAAGGGGUUUCAGAUGGACUGAUGUUGCAGAUGGAGUCAUGCUGCCCAUUUCUAUAUUUGCUGUGGAGCAACAGCCCCAACCAGAGUCUUUUGUGCAAACCUUGCCUACUCUGAGCUACACCCACGAUCUCCGCAUCAAACGCAAUGGGUGUGAGAGAAUCACCCUUUAUUCUGCCUCAGAAGACGGAAAGGCUUGGUUCCGCCAUUAUCGCCAGGAUAAAGAUGGUCUUAAGAUUGUUUCUGCUAACGACGUUGCUUUCGACGAAGACGAACUCCUCUCCUCCGCGUGGCUGCUUCCAAUGCAUCAUGUCAAUAUGAAAGCUGGCGUGUUAGGGAUAAGGUGUCUUUUGUUGGUGAAUUUUAAUCACGGAAAUUCGGGGAAUGAGCCGGCGCAGGCUGGUUUUGGCGGGAUCUUAGACCUAAAGGUAGUUGGACAGCAGAAAGUUGUGGUUGAUGAGAUUAUACUGAAUAGCAACCCGUGA